CCUCCCUCCCUCCCUCCCAUCUCCUUCUCUUGCACCGGAAUAAAGUUAUCCAAACAAGAAUAGUAGAAGGAUAAAGUUAAUUGAACAAAGAAUUGCAGAAGAAGGAUAAAAGAACGAGGAGAAUAGAACAGAGAAGAAGCAGAUGCUCCCGUUCCAGGAGCAAAUAAUCUUGGACCUCCUGGAGGAUCCCAAUGGCGGCCUCGUAGUCCUCUCCUCCGGCCUCUCCCUCCCCUCCCUCGUCGCCUCCCUCCUCCUCCUCCACCACCCCUCUCAAGGCUCCCUCCUCAUCCUCUCCGCGUCCGACUCCCAGAAAUCCACCAUCAUCCGCUCCCUCCGCCGCCUCCAUCACGCCGAUUCCACCCGCAACCCUAACCCUAAUUCCGACCCUCCUCUCCCCUCCGACAUCCCCGGCGACCUCCCGUCCCACCACCGCACUGCUCUUUACUCCUCCGGCGCCGCCCUCUUCGUCACCCCGCGCAUCCUCAUUGCCGACCUCCUCACCUCCCGCGUGCCUCCCUCCGCUGUCGCCGGCCUUCUCAUCCUCAACGCCCACCGCCUCUCCGACACCUCCACCGAGGCCUUCAUCGCCCGUAUCCUCCGCUCCCUCUCCCGUUCCGCCUCCGUCCGCGCCAUCUCCGACCGCCCCCACGCCAUGGUCGCCGGCUUCGCCAAGGCGGAGCGCAUCCUCAAGUGCCUCUUCAUCCGCCGCCUCCACCUCUGGCCCCGCUUCCACGUCCAGGUCUCGGCCGACCUCGAGUGCAACCCACCGAAGGUCAUUGAUGUUAGGGUUCCGAUGACCCCUGCCAUGAAGGGGAUCCAGACAGCCGUGCUCGAGGCGAUGGACGCUUGCCUCAAGGAGCUGAGGAGGACCAACAAGGUUGACGUCGAGGACCUCACGGUCGAGAAAGGAUUGUUCAAGUCAUUCGAUGAGAUUGUGAGGAGGCAGCUCGACCCCAUCUGGCACACCAUUGGCAAGAAGACCAAACAGCUGGUCAGCGAUCUCAAGACCCUGAGGAAAUUGUUAGAUUAUCUCGUCAGGUAUGAUGCUGUGACUUAUUUGAAGUAUUUGGAUACACUGAGAGUGUCGGAAGGAGUUAGGUCGGUUUGGAUUUUUGCUGACUCAAGCCAUAGGAUAUUUGAGCUUGCAAAGAAGCGCGUUUACCAGGUGGUCCGAGCAGAUGGUUUGAAAAUUAAUACAGAUGGUAAGAGUGAACCAAGCAAGAAGAGGAGAGCAAAUAAUGAUCACAAGAGGGAGAAACAAAAUGAAAGUGGAGCUUCUCUUUCUAACGAGGCCGAUGGUGGGAGGAUUAAGUCAAAUGUGGGUGUGGUGUUAGAUGAAGUUUUAGAAGAAGCGCCAAAAUGGAAGGUGUUACGUGAAUUGCUGGAAGAGAUAGAAGAAGAACGCAGAAAGGAAACUCAGUCAAGAGAAGGACAACUUAUGGUUGAAGAUGGAAACGAUAAUAACAACUUUGUCUUGAUAGCUUGUAAAGAUGAACGGUCAUGCUUGCAGUUGGAAGAUUGCAUCUUUAAAGGCCCAAAUCAGGUCAUGCGAGAAGAGUGGGAGAAGUACUUGCUGGGCAAGGCUCAGUUGCAGGGCUUACGGAAACGCAACAGAAAAAGGUCUCAGGAGCCUAAAGGCUUUGGUUUACUUGAUGGUGUGGUUGCUAGCGGAUCUAGUGAGAGUGCAGAACCUAGCAGCAUAUCCAAGCUUGAGAAUGAUGCUUUGUUAGCAGCAGCAUCAGAGAUUAGCAAUUUGGUUAAAGAAGUGAUAGAUGUUGGGAAUGAUUCUCGACCUCAAACAAGAAGAAAGGGGUCUGGAAAAGGAAGAGGGAAAAGGAGGCCGAGUAAAGUUGUGGCAAAGGUGCAAGUUUCUGGAAAGAAAAGUGAAAAGCCAGCAGAAAACAAAAUAGUUGACAAUGCCAGUUUGGAAAAGGGAGAACAACAAGGUGAAACUGAUACAACAUCAUCAGGGGGUUUUCAGGAGGUGGCUCUAAAAAGUGCAUCUGAUGGCAAAGGUGUUCUUCAAAGGCAUAGAGAAGAGUCUGCUACUGCAGAGUUUACUGAUGCUAAGCCACUUCCACCGGUGCAAUUUUAUGCGCUAGACAGUGACCAGCAUAUACUUGAAGUCUGGAAGCCUUCUGUAAUUAUUGUGUAUCAUCCAGAUAUGACCUUUGUUAGAGAAAUUGAAAUUUAUAAAGCUGACAAUCGAGCAAGAAAUUUGAAAGUUUAUUUUCUGUUUUAUGAAGAUUCCACUGAGGUGCAAAAGUUCGAGGCAAGCAUACACAGGGAAAAUGGUGCAUUUGAAACUUUGAUUAGGCAGAAGUCCCUGAUGAUGAUUCCUGUGGAUCAGGAUGGACGAUGCAUUGGACCUAAUGCUUCUAAUGAGCCACAGUCAACUAUUUCUCAGAACUCAGUUACUAGAAAGGCAGGUGGUGUAAAGCCAAAGGAGAAAGAAAUGCAGGUUAUAGUGGAUAUGAGGGAGUUCAUGAGCAGCCUUCCCAAUGUUCUCCACCAGAAAGGCAUGCGAAUUAUACCUGUUACUUUGGAAGUUGGGGAUUAUGUACUUUCACCUUUGAUUUGUGUUGAAAGAAAAAGUAUUUCAGAUUUAUUCCAAAGCUUUGCAUCAGGCCGUCUCUAUCAUCAGGUGGAAACAAUGGUCCGUUAUUAUAGGAUACCUGUGCUUCUAAUCGAAUUUUCACAGGACAAGAGCUUCUCUUUGCAGUCUGCAAGUGAAAUUGGUGAUGAUGUUUCACCAACCAGCAUAAUUUCAAAGCUUUCACUUCUUGUUCUGCACUUCCCUCGCUUGCGCCUUGUCUGGUCACGGAGCGUGCAUGCAACAGCAGAAAUAUUUGCAUCACUCAAAGCAAACCAGGAUGAACCAGAUGAAAGCAAGGCAAUUAGAGUAGGUGUGCCAUCAGAAGAUGGCAUCGUGGAAGAUGAUAUAAGAGCUGAAAAUUACAACACAUCUGCAGUUGAGUUUUUGCGGCGUCUACCAGGGGUGACAGAUUCAAAUUAUAGAGCACUGAUGGAUGGAUGCAGAAACUUGGCUGAACUUGCCCUUCUUCCUAUUGAGAGGCUAGCGGAACUGAUGGGAAGUCAGAAAGCAGCUCGGAUGCUGAAGGACUUUCUUGAUGCUAAGUGUCCCACCAUGCUGUAAUUCUUAAAGAACACCAAUUGAUUUUGAGAAGUCACAAAGUGCCUGCAUUUUUUUCUACUAGCGUGUCUGAACUGUGGACCUAUUUGACAUAGUCAUCUACAGUUCCACAUGAUGAAGAGCAUCGUGGAUUUUACUGUGAAAGAUAAAUUUCAGUUCAAGGCAAUUUUCACAUGCCACUCCAAGGUUGAUCCAGGUCAUGUAUUGGUAUUAUUUUAUUGUGCUUUCAGUUAGAAUUGUUUCUACCCAAUGGAUUUGCUUCUUGCUUAUGACUUGAUCACCCAGAGUACCCAUCAAGAGAUUUUACAAUUUGUUUGGAAUUUGUUUGGAAUUUUGAUUUUAUUGAUGUAAUCCUUUAUUGGGGUGUAUGUCGACAUGUGUGCAAGAACUAACUGUAACAUUUCUUGUUGUAGUAAUUCGUACUGUUUUCUGAUCUUGUGAGGAUAUCUUUGAUCAAGAAAAAGAUCUGUAAGGAUUUCUGCAUAUGUUUGCAUCAUUUAUUCUGUUGUAAUUGUGUGUGUAUAUACAUUUGUCCAAGAACUAGCUGCAACAUUGCUUGCUAUGGUAAUGUAUUUUGUUUUCUGAUCUUGUAAGAAUCUCUUUGGUCAAGGAAAAA